AACUAUAAACUAGAAAUGUAUAACAUCUAUUUAUAUACAUAAAAAUGUCGGAAUAUCUGAAUAUAUGUCUAAACGCUAUACUAAAGUAUUUGAAGGUGUCGCCAGGUAAGCGCGAUGCCAUCCAGGUGAGUGUCGCUCGUAAGGCGCCGAGACCUAUGCCGAGUAUUAGAAAACGUGCGCGAGCUUAUAUGAGCAAGCAGAUAUGCAAAUUCAAUGAGGAACGAGCGAAGCAAAGAGCGAGUAGAAGGAAAGCAAAGCACACGCAAACGGACCGCCAAGAGGAGCUCCAUUGGCUGCAGGACAUGAUGCCAUCUAUGCCAGAGUUAGAGAGUCUGCCGAUUAUCGAAUGCGCUCGCAAUGCGUAUUUUUCGGAGCAGCUGCAGUCCAUUUUGUCCGUCGCAUUGGUGACCUGUGGAUUCCUGAUCAGCUUCUACAUUUGCCUGGACGUGCUGAAGAAUUUGUAGCCGAAAAUCUUGGUUCAAAUUUCAUUUCGAUUUAUUCGAGGUUUAAUGUUUGUUCGUAAAGUUGUCGUAAUUCGAUUUCAUGUCAAUUGUCUGGCGAAAUGAUCGAAAUAAAGUAUAAA